AUGCCUCCUCUCACUAGAAAACGCAAGGCUGAACAAGAAGCCGCAGCACAACAGGCUCCAGUACAGACACAACCGGAGACCAAGCAGUCCGUCGAAGAACCUUCUACAAAACGUCAGAAACUAACUGACCCGUUUAAGAGGACUGACCCCUUCCGCCCGAAAACUCCCCCUCCUAAGACUGUGAUUCGCCGUCGCAGCCUGGUAACCAAGUCAAAACAACCGUUGCCAGUAGUGUUCUUUACUGUUCCGGCAACCAACCCUUCUAACCAGAUUUCUGCUAGGGGUCGAAGUAGCAACGACUUGAACACAAUAAUGCUAACUAAGUCUCUAUUUGAGCAUGCGGAAGAGGCUCUUGAUGCCUGGUUAGAAGAAAAUAAAGAUGUUUUUAUCCAGGUUCGAAAAGAAGGAUCUAAUCAGCAAGCCACUUUAACACAGUCACCAGAAAAUUCACCUCGCGCUGCGACUCACCCUGGUGUCUUCCUUGAGACGGCAGCCCCUCAAGCUAACCUUGCAGACAGACAUCAUGCCCCCCAGCAACACGCCAUCCCUGCUGUCCCUGCUACUGACCGAAUAAUUAUCUACAGGGCAAUCCGCACCGCUCGUCACACUGCGGCCCAUAUCUUGAGUCAAGCUGCUGCAAUCCUUGAGGGCCCAGCGGUAGAGCUAGGUAUUGUGCACGAGGAAGAGCAGCAGAUUCGGCAGCGGCCGGUGCCUGCAGAGGCGAUAACAAUCCAUAGGGAAGUAGAGAAGAGAGAAGACGAUAGCGCCCAAGAAAAGGAAAUUACAGCAGUCAAAACUAAGACAGAGCCCAUCCGGGUGAGACCAGUGGCACCACCGUUAGACACGCGUUUCUUUCAUCCAAAUGGCCAGUUGCAGUCCGUAUAUCGGUAUCUGACAGCGCAAAUCCCACUACCAAGACAAUGGGUGAGAUGGGCUCUUAGCAACGGAAUCAACAAAGUGCCAGGGCGCGGAGAUAUCCGCGAUCCUGGGGUAUAUGUCGCAGAUGAUACAUUCGACUACGACGCCCUGUUUGAGGCGGUUCAUCGCGGUUGUUUUCGGACCGGUCGGUUCGAGAUCGACGGGUUUAGCGAGUACUGGCCCAUGGUGCGAGGACAUAGAGACAGCACGACGGUAGAUCUAGCAUUACAUCACCUCCCGACUCACCUAUCGUCGCUCGAGCGUACGGAGCUUGAUGAGCAAGAAGUACAGAAGUCAAAUACACCAACGCCAGAGCCCGCUCCUGUAUUAGAGACAGGGAUGAUACCUAUUUCCCAUGUUGGGUAG